UCACGACCGGCAGCCAAUUGACAUGACGCCAGCCCGGGGCAACGGCACCGCAAACCCGGCACAGAGUUACGCGCAGCCAAAAGAGCAAGAGUCGUUGACAGGAGGGGGGGGGGGGAAAUCACAUGCAAAGCCUUGCUUCCGAACAUCCAGGGUGCUUUCACUGCUCCGACGGUCCGCCCGCUUAGGUUGCGCGCGGUCAAUUAGGACCGAGCGCGCGCUUGGCAGCAGCUGUGGUCCAAAAUAACGCGGAGCAGGCUGGUCCAGAGGGCACCAUCACACGCAGGUAGUUCUGGCUUUGGGUGAUUCCUGGAAAAAUGGAACUCGCGACGUUUUGGGCUGCGUCUCCUCGCCGGAUCACUACUUGAUUAUUUUUUUGUUUUUUUUUUGGGGGUUUUUUUUUUUUUUUUUUUUUGGGACUCCCGAAACUCACCGUGCGUGAGCGGACGCAGUGGAUCAUGACCAUGAACGAGAACAACCGGCCGGCCGCCUCAUCGGCGCCACUGGAUCUGCGCACGACGGACCGCGAGCGCGUCAGCGGCGGUGCGCGGACUGCGGACUGCAAAGGUCACGGCAGGAGCGGCUGCGUCGCCGACGCGACGGGCGCGCGCGGAGACGCGCCGCCGGAGCGCCUGGGGAACGGGGUGCGGAGCGCCGCCGAGAGACGCCACGCCGCCUCCGUGUCUCCGUCCCCCUCCGACUGCGCUCGCCCCGGGCGUCUCUCCGCGGUGCGCGACAGCGAUGCGCCGGGCGGACGCGCGUCGGACAAGUCCUCCUCCAGCCUCCCCUUUAGGAAACGCCGUUUCCCCGCUGAACCGGAGAGCAGGUCGCCCGCGCCGUCGGACGCAGGACACGGCUCACCUUCCGCGGACUUGUCGCUUCUGCGGAGCUCGCCCAAGGGCUUCCGGGGACCCGCAGAUGAGAACGAUGUGCCAAGACGCGCCGCUGGGGCGGUGCGUACGGCUGCCCAUGGAUACCCCCGUGGACCAGUGCAAACAUAUAUUCCUUACUGUCAGCCUGUGGUUUAUCCCGUCUGCUGUUUGCCUCCAGUCUCUGUCCCCCAUCACAUCUCUCUCCGCCAACAUGCUCAACACAGUGCAUAUCUUCUGGAUGCUGAUGUCGCUCUGGCCACAUUCCAGGAUGAUGAUGGAGACACAGCUCUCCAUAUAGCGGUGGCACAAGGUGACGAGGCUGUCGUCUGCAUGCUGAUUAACCUGCUGCUGCUGGCUCGCAGAGACCUCAAUGUCUACAACAACCUCCGCCAGACUCCUCUCCACCUGGCCGUGAUAACCCACCAGGCAUACAUGGUGGAGGCCUUGCUGAAAGCGGGGGCCGACCCUUCAUUCCUGGACCGCAACGGUCAGACGGCGCUCCACCUCUGCUGUGAAUAUGGCCAGCAGGACUGUCUCGCUGUCGUCCUGUCUUACCUGCCCUCCCCUACUUGCCUGGAUUUCAGAAACUUUGAGGGACUGAGCUCUCUCCAUCUGGCAGUGCAGGGUGGCUGGAAGGACCUAGCCAAAAUGUUGCUGAAUGCGGGAGCUGAUAUUAAUGCAAUGGACAACAAAAGUGGCCAGAGCCCUGUCAUGCAUGCAGUGGAGAGCAAUAACAUUGACAUGGUCCGCUUCCUCAUUGAGAAUGGCUGUGAUGUCAACAGCCAGGCGUACAGUGGGAACACAGCCUUACACAGUGCCUGUGGCCGGGGACAGGUGGACACGGUGCGAGUGCUGCUGAAGAGCGGCGCUGACAGUAGCCUUAAGAACUACCACAAUGACACCCCUAUCAUGGUGGCCAAGGACAAGAAGAUAACAGAUGUCUUACGAGGGAAGGUCUUCAAGCAGACCAGGAGUCAAGACCAACAGUGUUUGUCAGUGUCACCACAAAGGAGCAAUUUAAAAGCACACGAGUCCCCAUCCCCCAGCCAUAGUCUUUGACAUUAACCUUUGACCCCACCCCCAUCACCAUCAUCGCAAUGGUCACCAAGGCUCCACUUCAAACAACAGAGAGCCUAUGGCCCCAGCAACAUUUGGAAGAGAGAAGAUCAGCCAUUACGACAAGGAAUUAGACUGGCUCAGAACACAUCCCUCUCCUUCCCCUGUCUCCCUUGACUGUCGCCAAUGAACCAGAUGAUGCCCCUUUGGUUUUUGGGAUGCCUGGCCACCUCUGCUACCUACAGACAUCUACUCGGGAGGCUCUUUCACAUCCCCCAACCCACCUACACACCUACUAACGGAUGGUUGUGAACAAUGUAUGGCCUGCCAUCCUUUGCAGUGAUAACUCAGCUUGAUCCACCAUGAGUGGUAGCAGGGAAGACAAUUGAUGAUGUAGGAAAGUUCACAAAGAACGUUUUGGAACUGACUAGAAAUGCAUAUCACUGCUGGGCAAGUCAAUGGACCUACUAAUUAUCACUGGGCACUGGACAGAGUCAACUUGGACCACUCUUAUUGCAUUAUUUAGAUUCCCUGAACCAGUUGUGAAAAGAAGACAGAAGACAUAUUCAUACAAUUUUUUUUUUUGCACAGUCAAUCUUUUUACUUUCUUGUAUUUGGACAGGUAGACAUGUUCGACUGAGCUGACUGGGCUGCAUGUUAUGAAUUGUGUUAAGCAUAGGCUGUGUGCACAUGCGUGUAGCUCCUUCUCAUAUGAAACCUGUAUACUGAAAAACUGAAAAAAAUAACAUAUUUUUAUAUAAAACAUACAUCAUUCU